UCGAUAGGUUAAAUUCAGAUCACAAAAUUCAAGUUAAAAAAUUCAGAUUAAACAUCCGGGACACGCAGGAUGAGCAAUCGAUUCUGUCUCAAAUCGAACUGAUACCCAGCCAAUCACGUUACACUCCACUGAUUAAGCGACAACGAAGCGGCUUUCGUUUACAGAAGGACAGUCAGCGAUGGCGGCCAAUUUCAGCAGUGGAACAUCGGAUAGUCAGUCUGAGAUUGUUCAGUCAGCCAGGCAUUUAUUGUCCCUAUUAACAUCAAGAGACGCAGCUCGUGAUGUCGCAAAUACAGAUAUGAGAGAUCAGAGGCAGGGAGGUCACAGUCCAGCCCCUCAGCCAGAAAAACCAUCGCUUCAGAUGGAAAUGACCAGGUCAUUUCCAGGUAUUUUUACCAAGGGCAGAGGAAAGAGGCGCUUUCCUGCAGCAAAUCUUGUUCCUGCCAAAAAGAUUAAACCACUUGAAGUGGCUUUUUAUUUGCUGCCGAAACAAUGUGAAAGAACGCCAAAUGAGCAGGAGCAAAUAGACCACUUGCAGUCAGGGUUGGGUCGUAGGACUGCUCAUUUGGAUGAGGGCACAACACAUGAAGAGUUAUGUGAGGCCCUAAAAGUUUUGUUUCCGAAACUGAGGAUGGUUACUGGUGGGUGGCUCCUUUACAAAUCGUCAGGCGGCUGGGGUAGACGAAAACUCUCUCUUGUGGCUCCUGAUGAUAUUGGCUAUACAGGCAGGAUCUUGAAGGCUGCAAGUCGUGGGGGUAAGAAUCUAUUCAUAGCCCCAGUUCAAGAAGAACUCAGCACAAAUCCCCUACAACUAACUGAUGAAGCAUUCAGUAGCAUGUCAAAAGCCACCUGUCAGAAGUGUGGAGUUGAAGUUCCCUUGCAGCUUCUGACUGAACACAUCAAGUCCUGUGGCACCAUUGAUAUUAGCAGUGAUGAUAACCUGCCUACUGAAAACAUGGAUAGCAGUGAGACUGAAGAAAGAAAAUCAGCUAUGCAGCAAUGUCCUGUCUGCACAAAAAUGUUUCCUUGUGACUUUAUCGAGGUACAUGCUUCUUCAUGUGGUGAAAGUGCAGGAAAUGUGGUGAGGCAUGAUAUUAUUGUCACUGAGAUGCAUGACAGUACAGUCAGUGAGGAAGUGGAGGCUGCAGUGCCUGGACCGUCCAGAGCUUCUGCAACAGUUACAGAUGGCUGGUUAACUAUCAGUGACCCUGCCAGAGCUAUAUCUCAGUGUGCGGAUAAUUUUCUCCGUAUUCAUGAAAUGAAGAGUCCCCUGUUCCUUAGUAUGGACAUCAGAAAAAGCCCUACUGAACAGGACAUGGCCCUUAUCUCUUUUUACAAGAGGCCUAACGUGGAAUGGGCAAGACCCCUGAAUUGCAGGCUUGAAGGAGAUACUGCUGUUGGACAGGGUGUAACCCGUUUUUAUUUCUCAAGAUGCAUGGAAAAGCUCAAGUCUGGGUUUUGCAUAAAUUUUGGAAACUCCAAUGUUACAAUGCUAUUUGAGGGAGAGCCUGGACAUUUAGUCCCUUCAGCCUCUCAUUUUCUUGUGGACAGCGAUUUGUUCAUUGUUGCAGGGAGAAUGUUGGGCCACUCUUUUCUUCAUGGAGGGCCAUGCCUGUCAGGACUCAGCCCUGCUGUUGUUCAUGUCUUGCUUGGUGGGAGUCCUGAAACUGCAACUGUUACUUUAGAGGACUGUCCAGACCUGGAAAUCAGAGAAACAAUCAGGCUUCUUGAAGGGGUAUCCAAACUCUCAGAUAAAGAUAAAAAAACUGUCCAGGACUUGGCCUAUGCAUGGGACCUCCCUUGCCUAACUGAGAACAACAGAAGAUGGCUUUUUGAGAAGCUUCUGAUCCAUGCUGUUAUCGGACGUGUGACAAGACAAAUUAAGCAGCUAAGACGAGGUCUCAAAGAAACCCAGAUGUGGACAGUCCUAACCCAACGACCUGACACGGUGGCCUUGCUUUUUCCAAAACCAGGAGCAGACAGUUUCAGCCCUGAGGAACUUCUUCAGCGUAUCACAUGGCCUCGUGAUGAAGAUGAUGAUGAUGAUGACGACGAUGAUUAUUCAGGUGACACCAAAAGCCGCAUGUCAGGCUAUCUUCGAGAAUUCAUUGCCAAUGCAACAUCAAUUGAAUUGACUAAUCUGGUCAAAUUCUGGACAGGAUGGGAGAUUUUACCAACCAGUCUCACUGUAGAGGUAGUCAAGAGCAGAUACCCUACAGCUUCCACCUGCUUCGAGACCUUGCGCAUCCCGGGGAUUUACAGGGAUUACACGUCUUUUCAAAGUGACAUGCUGGCCUGUAUUUCCACUUGCCAGACGGGAUUUGGACUUGUGUAAACACUUGUGACAUGUUGGCCUGUAAUUUUUACUUGUGAGACAAGGUUUAAUUUUGUAACACAAGUUUAAGCUGUUAACCGUUCAGUUCAAUAUGUUAAGCUUAAAAACCUUUAUGCUGAAUUGUCAUAUUUCUUAAAAUUAACAGAAUGAUCACUUGAUGGGGAAUACAUAGCUUCUCCAAAAAAUUCACUGGGAGAUUUCCUAAGUUUUCAAAAAGGUCCUGGUUAAAAAUCUGUAAUCUCGAAUAAACAAUUUAAGCAGAACUUUAACAUCCA